CCCACAACUAGCGGUGGCUCUUGUUCAAACUCGGCUCUUCAAUGCAAUAGGUUCUUCCCUUUACGAACCAUCUUGGGCACACAUCGUGAUUUGAAGUUCUUUGCUGCAGCCAGCCUUCGUCUAGUCUCAGUCUUAGUCCUGGAAAUCCUGGAUGGUGAUUCGAGGCUUCUAGUCGCCGCCUUUUUGUGAGACUGACAAGCCUAGCUUCAUUCUCGUCGCUCGUUCUGUCUCGGAGUGCACCCCUUUAUCGUGUGCUUGCCGACCUUAUCUUGGGAAAUAAAUAACUUCCCAGUCAUUCGCUUCUUAAAGAGGUUCUGUCUCGUUGCACUCGCUGCAACACAUUCAAGCUGGCUUACUCGAAGACACACGGUGUUUUGUUCGACCCAGAUUUCCAAACGCCUCUUAUCUUAGGCGAGUCAUUGGAUUUCUCGGAUUCUGAAGAAUCUCAGUUUGUCGGUGCGUUUUCAGACGGCCUCUGGGCCAAGUCUGAACCUAUUCUGUCUAUGUCUGGUUUCCAGAAACCCGGUGCUGGCGCUGUACUUGAUUACGCCUCCACGCGAUCUUUGCAUGAUGCGAGUUCGUUCUCAGCAUACGGCCAAUCUCCCUACGUUACUACCUCUCUUGUUCCCUCUCCCAUGGCCGACCAGGCUAGUCAGAUUUCGGACUGUGUCCCUUAUAUCCCCGGCAACGAGUAUGGCAGCUCGUACGAGGAGUCGCAGUCUCCAUUAAUGAGUACCCGUUCCCGACAGUUGCCAGAGAUUGUUACAUAUAGUCCCCAGCGUGGUUGCGAGGGGACCCGGGUUGUUGUGCAGAUCCAGUCACCUUAUGAUCUCCACAGCUCCGCAUAUGGCACUCUGUAUGUGGUUUUUGGCUCGCAGAAGUGCGAGUGCAUCCCCACUUUCCUGGGCUUCGAGGGUACAACCUUCCAAUACGCCCUGUCGGCUGAUGCCCCUCAAUUCAUCUCAACUGGCUCGCCUUCCUUCGCUGUUCCCGUUCAGGUGGUCAUGGAAGGCCAAAGUGACUUGCCGUCUGCAACCCUCCAAGUGGGUGUUUACACCUAUGAGCAUGUGCGUCAGUCAGUUUCCUCUGCCAGCUCGCACAAGCGCAAGUUCUCUUCCUACUCCGACAAUGCCCCUCCUACGUCUGUGAAGCGCUCCACUGGGCCUGUCAUUCCCAAGAUUGAGCCUCAAGAGAACUACUCUUACCGCGAUACCCACAGCCACAAUCACAACCACAGCCGCUCUGCCUCCUUCUCUCCAUAUGUGCAGUCUCUGCCCGCUAUCCCAGGCUUCGUGGCUCCAUACCAUGGUAUUUCCUCUCCUCGAACCGGCCCUGCUCAAUACCCUACUGUGUCGGCCACUCCUCAAUCUUCCAUUCGUGCUCCUUCUCCCCUCACCCCCAGUUGGAGCCCGUCGUUCGUAUCAAUCGGCCACGAUGGUCGCCCAUCGGGCUUGCCCUUGACACACGGCAUUGCGCAGCGCAGGGUCCGAUCCCCAGCGCAAGGCGGGAACCCUCAGUUGAUCCGCACAUCAACUCUGCAGCAGUCAUCUGGCCUUGGACACAGCCAAACCUUCAAUCCCUACGCCAUGUACCCGAGCAAGGCUGUUCUCAAACUUAGUGGAGACCUGGACUCCAUGGCUCAUGGCUGGACCAAGGAUGAGCAGAGUGCUCAGCGCCGACUUGUGCAGUUCGAUCGGUCCCAGACCGGAAGCACCAUCCAUGCCACUUUCAAGGCCGUGACUCCCGAGGAGCGGAUCCCCCAGAGCAUCUGCAUUAGCUGUAUUGCUUGGGAGGGUAAAGAUGAGUGCUACGUUACCAGCGUGGAUACCAUCUACCUACUCGAAUCCCUCGUCAACGUCCGGUUCACCGUCGAGGAGAAGAACCGCAUUCGUCGUAACUUGGAAGGAUUCCGCCCCCUCACUGUCUCCAAGGCCAAGGCCGACAGCGAAGAAUUCUUCAAGGUCAUCAUGGGCUUCCCCGCCCCAAAGCCCCGCAACAUCGAGAAGGACGUCAAGGUCUUCCCAUGGAGAAUCUUGAGCCUUGCCCUGAAGAAGAUCAUUGGCAAAUACUCCGCGAGCUACUCUUCCACUGCUGGUGUCAUGACUACUCCGAUGACAAACUAUGCUAGCCACGGCACUGGUUCCGACUCAGGGACUGAGCCUCACACUGCUCCUUCCCCUCGCUCGGUUUCGGACUCUGGACCUGUCAACCAUUACGUCCCCGCCAUGGGAGCCCCGGUUUACUCCACACAGCCGGAUCAGUGUGCCUCAUUGACUGCAGCCCCCGACCUGCGCUCCGUGAUUCCAUCUGCAACACAACCCUACACAACAAUGGGCAUGGGUGGAUAUUCAUAUCCGGCCAUUUGCCAACCCCACAACACUCAUAGCAUGGUCGCUCCCACCCCGCGAUCAGCAUGGGAAAUGCACGGUCUCGGAGCCCCCGCACCCGCACCCGCUCCGUCAGCUAGCGCCUGCUACACAUACAUGGACCCCGUGUACCCUCUUCACGACACACCCGCCCCCGGUCCAUGA